CGGUUUUAGAGGGCUUGGCGCCCGAGCUCUCCCAACCCCAAUCCCAAAAUCAAUCCACAAUCCAAUUCCCUCCUGCGGCUGCCGCUGCCAGUCUCCAACUGACCAGAAACAUGCCACUGCACUGGCCAAACAUGCCAGACCAAGCAGGAGUCGGCCGCUGAUCUGCAGACGAGGAAGCUCAUUUCGCUCCCGCGGGGGUCUGUCAAUCCGUGCGCUCUGCUCGUCUUGCCAGAUUCCCCCUGACGAGCAUGCCACGCUGGCAUGGGAAUGUUGCGAUUCCCAUGCGAGCCCCAAGAUUCAGGCUGCCCAUUGCCUGGAGGAGCUUGCCUGCAUCUCACGAGGGCAGGGGCGUGUCACACCACUGGAGCGACCCGCGGGACGGGGAGACGAGCAGGAUCUGAUCUGUUGCCUGUUGUUCCAUCCAGAGAUGAAUGCCCGAUCGCAGAGUCAAAUCCCGAUUGCGUCCACCCAUUGCGUCCACCAUUGCGUCCAUCCCAUUGCGUCCUCCCCAUUGCGUCUAUCCCCAUUGCGUCCAUCCCCAUUGCGUCCAUCCCCAUUCCCAUCUCCAUCCCAUCGCAUUUCCACAUCAGCGGGAUAGGUACCGCACACACAGAGAGAGAAAGAUCCCAUGCAAUCCCUCCCCAGCGGGCUCCUUGCCCCGCAGCGGUCUUUGCAUCGGGUGGGCCGCCAAAACACGCCCCCAAGAGCCGUCUCUGGCGCGACGUGUUUCCGCCGCUUUCGCAGGCCCCGACUCGGCGGCCACCCAGCCAGUGCCUGGCACAAAGCUUAUUCUCGCUGCGUCACUGUGUUACUGUGUGGACUCUGCGCAGAUCCGAACCAACGAACCAGACAGAGACUACCUGUGGCCGGACAGAAAAGCCGCGCGCUUGCGAUUCGGUCCUACUCGUGUAUAUACAUAGUAAUGGGGCCGGAUCAGCCAGCAGCCGGUAGCUGCAGUUGCGGCUGUUGGCAGUCGAAGGCGAUUGUUUGCUAAAAUGGAGGGAGGAUGAAGGCAGACAGAGAGUGGGCACCGCCCCAAAACAAACCCGUGGAACUCCUGGGCUCGGUCUGAUCACGAGCAAUGCGCUCUGUCCCCGGCUGAGAGCGAGUACGCUGCGCGACUGCCACUGCGCGACUGCGC